AUGACUUCCCCAUCUGUCUCCGCAAUUCUGGAUGGAAUUGCUACUUCACGCGCGGCAUUCGACAAGAAUGAAGCUGGCUCAAGAGAAGCUCUGAUUGACCAAAGCCGCGCGCUGAUUGCAGCUCUGGAACUCCCAAGCGAGUUCGUCCAGCGCACCUUCUGGGCAGAGCCAGCUCAAAGCGCCAUUAUCCGCAUCGCCGUCGAUGUCAAGCUUUUCCAACACCUCAAGGAUGCAGGAGAUGCAGGACUCACCCCGCCAGCCGUUUCUCGGAAGACUGGGGUCGACAGUACUCUCCUACAGCGCUUAACAAGACAUCUAGUGGCAAUGAACCUUGUGUCAUUCCAUAACGGGGCGUUCUACGCCACGAAUCUAAGCAAUGGUCUCGCAGCGGAGAACUACCAACACAGUAUCAAUUUCUGCUAUGAUGUGGCGCGCCCUUCAUUUAACGGAUUCCCGGAAUAUUUCAGAAAGUCCGAAUACAAUUCCCCGAUUCUGGGUGGAACUGACGGCCCGUUUCAAGAGGCCCACAAAACAAACCUCCCGUUCUUUGAAUGGCUUGUCGCGACGCCACCGCACCUCCAGCAUUUCGACUCUUUUAUGAGCGCGUACCGCGCGGGUAAACCGAAUUGGUACGAGUUCUACCCCGUUGCUGAGCGAUUAACUACGGGCUUCGAUGCUUCUAUUAGCGAUGUUCUUCUCGUUGAUGUUGGUGGCGGAAAGGGUCACGAUGUAGCUACCUUUGCUGCUCAAAAUAGCCCUUCCUCGGGUAGGAUUGUGCUUCAGGAUCGAGAACCUGUAAUCGCGGGUGUGGUAGCUGAAAGUACAGAGCGAGCCUUUGAAGUGCAAGCUCAUGACUUCUUUACACCCCAGCCUAUCAAGGGUGCACGUGCAUACUCUCUCCAUUCUAUUCUCCACGAUUGGAGUGAUGAAGAUGGCAUCAAGAUCCUGGAGAGCCUUGUACCUGCUUUAAAGAAGAACUACUCACGGGUUCUGUUCAAUGAGAUUGUGAUUAACGAAGAGAAACCUACACUUGCAGCGACCAAUAUGGAUAUGAUGAUGUUGGCGCAUUUUGCUGUGAGAGAAAGAACCGAAGCUGAUUGGAGAGACAUUCUGGCCCAGGCUGGGUUGAAGGUGGUCAAUAUAUACACCUAUCCAGGCGUUGCGGAGAGUUUGAUUGAGGCAGAGCUGGCCUGA